AUGUCACCUCUUUUUAACAAGCCGAAGAUAAAGGGCACUGUGGUGUUGAUGCCCAAAAAUGUGUUGGACUUCAACGCCAUAACUUCCGUUGCUAGUGGUGGUGUUACUGACAAUGCCAAAAAUAUCUUUGACACUGUCACCGACUUAGCUGGUGGAGCAAUUGAUAGUGUAACUUCCUUCUUAGGCCGUAAUAUUUCCUUGCAAUUGAUCAGUGCUACUCAGACUGAUGCUAGUGGAAAUGGAAAACUUGGAAGUGAAACCUAUUUGGAUAGUCAUCUUCCCCCCUUACCAACGUUGGGAGCAAGACAAGAUGCAUUCAGUAUUAACUUUGAAUGGGAUGCAGCUUCUGGAAUUCCAGGAGCAUUUUACAUAAAAAACUUUAGGACUGAUGAGUUUUUCCUCGUCAGUGUCACUCUUGAAGACAUUCCAAACUAUGGAACCUUGAACUUUGUUUGUAACUCAUGGAUUUAUAACUUCAACAACAGUGGCAAAAAGAAACGCAUUUUCUUUGUCAAUGAUACAUAUCUUCCAAGUGCAACGCCAGCUCCACUACUAAAGUACAGAAAAGAAGAAUUGGAGGCUCUUAGAGGAGAUGGAACAGGGAAACGCCAGGAAUAUGAUAGAAUCUAUGAUUAUGACUUGUAUAAUGAUUUGGGCGAUCCAGAUGGUGGUGAUCCGCGUCCAAUCCUUGGAGGAUCUGUCAUCUAUCCUUACCCUCGUAGGGUUAGAAGUGGUAGAGAACGAACCAAAACAGAUCCCAACAGUGAGAAACCAGGUCCGAUUUAUGUUCCAAGAGAUGAAAAUUUUGGUCACUUGAAGUCAUCAGAUUUCCUUAUGUAUGGAAUAAAAUCCUUAUCUCAGGAUGUGCUACCUUUGUUAAAAUCUGCAAUUUUUGAGUUAAAGGUCACAUCAAGUGAGUUUAGUAACUUCGACGAUGUGCGUAGUCUCUAUGAGGGUGGAAUUAAGCUGCCAACAGAUAUAUUGAGCAAAAUUAGUCCUUUACCAGCCCUCAAGGAAAUCUUCCGCACUGAUGGUGAAAAUUUCCUUCAAUUUCCACUGCCUCAUGUUAUCCAAGUUAAAAGGUCUGAAUGGAUGACUGAUGACGAAUUUGCCAGAGAAGUGAUUGCUGGUGUAAAUCCAAAUAUAAUUCGUCUUCUUCAAGAAUUCCCACCAAAAAGUUCCCUUGAUCCCUCUCUCUAUGGUGAUCAAACCAGUACCAUAACAAAAGAACAGUUGGAGAUUAACAUGGGUGGGGUCACAGUAGAUGAGGCACUUGGUGCAAAGAGAUUGUUCAUAUUAGAUUACCAAGAUGCAUUCAUUCCUUAUUUGACGAGGAUAAACAGCCUACCUACUUCAAAAGCUUAUGCCACCAGAACAAUCCUAUUCUUGAAAGAUGAUGGCACUUUGAAGCCACUUGCUAUCGAAUUAAGCAAGCCACAUCCAAGUGGAGAUAAUUUGGGUCCUGUGAGCAAAGUGGUGUUGCCUGCAAUUGAUGGUGUUGAUAGCACAAUCUGGCUAUUGGCCAAGGCUCAUGUAAUAGUAAAUGACUCUGGUUAUCAUCAGCUCAUGAGUCAUUGGUUAAAUACUCAUGCAGUGAUGGAGCCAUUUGCCAUAGCAACAAACAGAAAUCUCAGUGUCCUUCACCCCGUUUAUAAACUUCUUUACCCUCAUUAUCGUGAUACCAUAAAUAUCAAUGGACUUGCUAGGCAAUCUUUGAUCAAUGCAGGUGGCAUUAUAGAGCAAUCAUUUUUGCCCGGAAAGUACUCUAUGGAGAUGUCUUCAGCCGUUUACAAGAAUUGGGUUUUUACUGACCAAGCAUUGCCAGCAGAUCUCGUCAAGAGAGGAUUGGCAGUUGAGGAUCCAUCUGCCCCCCAUGGCCUUCGUCUUGUGAUAGAGGACUACCCUUAUGCUGUUGAUGGACUAGAAAUAUGGGAUGCUAUUAAGUCAUGGGUUGAAGAGUACGUUUCCUUUUAUUACCCCACAGAUGUGGCAGUUCAACAAGACACUGAACUCCAAGCAUGGUGGAAGGAAGCCGUAGAGAAGGGUCAUGCUGAUCUGAAAGAUAAGCCUUGGUGGCCUAAAAUGCAGACUGUUGAAGAUCUCAUAAAAUCCUGCUCUAUCAUCAUAUGGACAGCUUCUGCUCUUCAUGCAGCUGUUAACUUUGGACAAUAUCCUUAUGGAGGCUAUAUCCUGAACCGUCCAACUCUCAGCAGAAGGUUUAUCCCAGAACCAGGGACUCCAGAAUAUGAUGAGAUGGUGACGAAUUAUCAAAAGGCUUAUCUGAAAACAAUCACACCUAAGUACGAGACCCUUAUUGACCUUUCAGUGAUAGAGAUAUUGUCAAGGCAUGCUUCUGAUGAGAUCUACCUUGGACAGAGGGAUAAUCCAAACUGGACAACUGAUUCAAAGGCUUUAGAAGCUUUCAAAAGGUUUGGAAGCAAACUCGCUGAAAUUGAAGCGAAAAUCUCUGCAAAGAACUCUGAUCCAAGUCUGAGAAACCGAAUUGGGCCAGUUGAGCUGCCAUACACAUUGCUCCAUCGUUCAAGUGAGGAAGGGUUGACUUUCAAGGGAAUUCCCAACAGUAUCUCUAUAUAA